AUGGCUCCCUCUGCUCUCGAACGUGAGGACGUCGCGCGUGAUGCGGCCUUCAACAAGGCCCUUCACGGCAAGUCGGCCAAGGCCCAGGGUGGCUUUGCUGCCAUGCGCGGCAAGGACGCUGCCUCUCAGAAGGCUGCCGUUGACGAGUACUUCAAGCACUGGGACAACAAGGAUUCUGCCGAGGAGACCGACGCCAUUCGUGAGGCUCGGAGAACGGAAUAUGCUACCCUGACUCGGCAUUACUAUAACCUGGCUACCGACUUCUACGAGUACGGCUGGGGUUCCUCGUUCCACUUCUGCCGCUUCGCCCAUGGUGAGGCUUUCCGCCAGGCCAUUGCCCGCCAUGAGCACUACCUCGCCCUCCAGACGGGUAUCAAAGAGGGCAUGAAGGUCUUGGACGUCGGCUGUGGUGUCGGUGGUCCUGCGCGCGAGAUGGUCAAGUUCACCGGCGCGCAUGUGACAGGCCUGAACAACAACGACUACCAGAUCGACCGGGCAACCCACUAUGCGGAGCAGCAGGGUCUAUCCGACAAGAUGGCCUUCGUCAAGGGCGACUUCAUGCAGAUGAAGUUCCCCGACAACUCCUUCGACGCCGUCUACGCCAUUGAGGCCACCGUCCACGCCCCCGAGCUGGUGGGUGUGUACUCGGAGAUCUUCCGCGUCCUGAAACCCGGUGGUACCUUUGGUGUCUACGAGUGGCUCAUGACUGACGAGUAUGACAACGACAACCCCGACCACCGCCGCAUCCGUCUUGGUAUCGAGCAGGGUGAUGGUAUCUCGAACAUGGUGCGGAUCUCGGAGGGCCUCGAGGCCUUCAAGAAUGCCGGCUUCGAGGUUCUCCACCACGAGGACUUGGCUGCCCGCCCGGAUGCUGUGCCCUGGUACUACCCGCUGGCGGGAUCCUUCAAGCACAUGGGCUCCAUCUGGGAUUUCUUCACCAUCGUCCGUAUGACCUGGUGGGGCCGUGGUAUUGUCCACCGCAUCGUUGGCGCCGGUGAGACCGUCGGUCUUGUCCCCAAGGGCUCCCAGAAGACCGCCGACAGCUUGGCCCUGGCUGCUGACUGCCUCGUUGAGGGUGCUCAGAAGAAUCUGUUCACUCCCAUGUACCUAAUGGUCGGCCGCAAGCCCGAGUAA